UUUAUCACUCUUUUCUGUGAUUAUCAUGGGACCAUUUAGUAGUAGUACUAAUUCUAAUUGGAUUUUCAAGUUUUUCUUCAUUACACAGAUCUUAAUACUCUCUUUUGGUCCAAUAUUUUCCUCCUCUUCUUCUUCUUCUUCUUCUUUUUCUUCUUCUUCUUCAUUGCACCCUUUGAUCGCUGAGUCCCAAGCCAUACACCAAAACUACACGGCGAUAUCAGAUUUCCGGUUAGUAAAUCGGAGAAAACUCGGCGACUGCCUCGAUCUGAACCCUUACCAACAGACUAUAAAUGUUAGCACAGGUCUUAAGCUUGGCGAUGAAGAAUAUGUCACGGUCACUGUUAGUGGCGUGUUGUUUCCUUCUAAAGGUGAUUGGAUUGGCAUGAUAUCGCCUUCUCAUUCCGACGUCAAAAGUUGUCCUGAUGCUGCACUAAAUUAUGUACAAACUGGAGAUUUCAGCAGCCUUCCUCUUCUCUGUCAUUAUCCUGUUAAGGCAGCUUUCCUCAGCAACGACCCUGACUAUCUGAGCUGCAAGAAGAAGGAAUGCAAGAAACACAAGCAAGGCAAAUGUGUCGCGACAACUUGCAGCGGUUCGGUGUCGUUUCAUGUCAUCAACAUCAGAACCGACAUCGAGUUUGUCUUCUUCGGCGGUGGCUUCCUCGCCCCUUGCAUCGUUGCGAGGUCGACCCCUUUGAGUUUCUCAAAUCCCAAUAGGCCAUUGUACGGGCACAUCUCAAGCGUGGAUUCAUCUGGAGCAUCAAUGAGAGUGACAUGGGUUAGUGGGGAUGAUAAGCCUCAGCAAGUACAAUACGAUGGUGGAAAAACACAAACAUCACAAGUUACCACAUUUACCCAAAAUGAUAUGUGCAAGUCGGCUCUAAUAGUUAGCUCCCCAGCAAAGGACUUUGGGUGGCAUGAUCCAGGCUUUAUUCAUUCUGCAGUGAUGACCGGUCUUAAGCCUUCAACCACUUUCACUUACAGAUAUGGAAGUGAUUCAGUUGGUUGGAGUGAUCAAAUUCAGUUCAAGCCUCCACCUGCAGGAGGAUCAGAAGAACUCAAAUUCCUUGCAUUUGGUGACAUGGGAAAAGCUCCACGAGAUGUCUCCGUUGAGCACUAUAUUCAGCCAGGAUCAAUCUCAGUGGUAGAAGCCAUGACCGAAGAAGUUAAGUCUGGAAAUGUGGACUCCAUCUUCCACAUUGGAGACAUAAGCUAUGCCACAGGCUUUCUUGUUGAGUGGGAUUACUUUCUCCAUCUAAUCAGCCCCGUGGCUUCUCGGGUUUCGUACAUGACGGCCAUCGGAAACCAUGAGAGGGACUAUAUGGAGCUUGGAGAUUUGUACUUUUCACCAGAUUCAGGAGGAGAAUGUGGAGUUCCUUAUGAGACCUAUUUUCCUAUGCCAACCCAAGCCAAGGAUAAGCCUUGGUACUCCAUUGAACAAGGCAGUGUUCACUUCACUGUUAUCUCUACUGAGCAUGAUUGGAAAAAGAAUUCUGAGCAGCACCAAUGGAUGAAAAAGGAUAUGGCUUCUGUUGAUAGGUCUAAAACUCCAUGGCUGAUUUUUAUGGGGCACAGACCCAUGUAUACCUCCUCACCUGGACUCUUCGGCGUUGACCAAGAUUUUAUCAAUGAAGUUGAACCAUUACUAGUGGCCAACAAGGUUGAUUUGGUUUUAUUUGGUCAUGUCCACAACUACGAGAGGACAUGCUCGGUUUACAGAAAUGCAUGCUUGGCAAUGCCUAGAAAAGAUGAAAGCGGGAUCGACACAUAUGAUCAUAACAACUAUACUGCUCCAGUGCACACGGUUAUCGGCAUGGCCGGCUUCGUCCUCGACAAGUUUCCGGAUUCUGUGAACAAUAGUUGGAGCUUAGAAAGAAUAUCAGAGUUUGGCUAUUUUAGAGGGCAUGCAACAAAAGAAGAAUUAAAAUUAGAGCUUGUCAACGCAGCUACGAAAAAGGUCGAGGAUAGCUUCCGAAUUACCAAGAAGCAAGAUUCCUCCAGCAGAAAACUCAAGAUAGGUCAUUAGAUGAAUAUGAUCAUUGCACACAUAGAAAUGAUGAUAAAGAUGUAGAGAGAUUGAAAUGAAUGGUUUUCUGUACAAAUUGUGAAUUUUGUUGCCUUUUUUGUGCUUCUAUUGUGCAACAAGUCAACAACGGUAAU